AUGAACCCCACCUCAGCCUGGAAACGGUGUGUGGCGGCGGCCAUCGUCGUCGCCUGGGUCGUGACCGGCGCCGCCGCUGAUUGCUGCGAUAGCAACAGCCUCGUUUGGACCAUCAACAAUGCCGCCGAUGCUGAAACCUGGCCAGCUGGCACCACCAAAACCCUUGCCGACAUCAACAUAUACUGCACCAACGCCGGGGAGCCGCUGACCAGCUUGGCGUUUAUGGCCGGGCUCGAAGCCAUCCAAGGAUACCUCUCCAUUCAAAACUGCGCCAACCUCACCAGCCUGACCGGGCUCGAAAGUUUACGAGUCAUUGGUGGCUCAGCCUCGCGUGGACUCGUCAUUGAAAACAACGACCAACUCACCGAUCUCAAGGCCCUCGAACAGCUGGAGGCGAUCGAGGACGGCGGCGCCACCGUGCGAUUCAACGCCGAACUUUGUUACAUUUAUCUCUUUGAUUGGGCCCGUGUCGUGCCUGCCACCGACACCAUCACCGUUGAAUACGAGCCCCUGCGGUGCCUCACCGACACGUAUUGCGAUGCCUCUUGCCACUGCGGCUACUGUGCCGGUCCUGGUACCUGCCCGGCCCAGGGAGGAUGCGAGGAGGAUCUGCGCUGGGUCGCCAUUCCCGUCGUUCUGCUCUUCCUCCUCUUCCUCGGCCUUGGGCUUUGCAUCGCCUACAGCUGCAAGCGAGGCUACUGCACCUGUCAAUGCCACGCCAGCCUGCGCCGGUCCCUGCGCAUCAGCCCCCAAACGUCCAUGGCGUUUCCCGAAAAACCCGCUGCCCCUUCCGCCGCCCCGGGUGGCGGCGUCGUGCCCGUCAUGGCCGGAAGCCCACGAGCCAGCGGCCCUGAUGGCAACGCGCCCGUGUCCAACCCCGGCUAUGUGUCUGUUCGCCCCUCCGUCUCUAGCCUAGCAGGCAGCCCCCUGUAUCUGCCACCCUCCCAACAGCCAACCUUCCAGGCCACAUCCCCUCAACCAGCCAGUGCUGCCCCCAACUACACCAACAACUCUGCGGUACAGAUCAAUCCGGCAUCAGCUGCUGGCCCCGUACCCGUGAUUCCAGCCAACUCUGAGAGCAACAAUGCCACUGGCGCUUCCGUCUCACCCGUCCCCGGUGUGGCCCCGGUCCGGUGGCAAUCCCCACAAAGCUCGCUGAGUGUUCGGCGAGCUGGGGGCACUCCACCCUCGGUCAUGCAUCUUCCACGCCUGCGUGGAACCCCUGCACAAAAUCGCGUCGGACUUGCGCCCGCACCUGCGGCUGAGCCGCAGACCGUAACGCAGCCCAAUGCUUCAGAGCAGGCCUAG